AUGUCGGGUUCUGUUCAGAAACCAGUUCGUAUUCUUAAACGAACUAAUGGGGAAAACCCUAAUAAUGAGGAAAACCCUAAUCUGGUUAAUGAUGGUCCGCAAAAGGGAGGGGUCAAUCCUGAAUUUGCUGCUAAUUCUGGUGCAGCGGAUGGCAUGAAGCCAAGUGGUGAUGAUCAGUCCAUGUUUUCUGAUUCAGCUAAGUGCUCAAUUUCUAAGGAUGAUGGUCAAGAACCACAUACCGAUGAAAUGAAAGCAAGCAAUUUAAAAGCUUCGUUGGGCGAACAAAAUGAGGAAAAUAUAAAGAAACCUGUUUCGUAUGCUUCUGCUGUUGCAAAUGUGAGCCAAGUGCGGAAAGUUAAUUUUAGGGAAUUAUCUCUAGAUAACAAUGUAGAAGGUGCAGAUAUUGUUAUCCCUCAUGCAGCGGUGGAACAAGUUAAUAAUAGGUUUGCUAAUACUCUUUAUGGGUAUUUUUUGGGUAAUAGACUUGCGUAUCCAAUUGUUGAAAAUUACGUUAAGAAUACUUGGGGAAAAUUUGGAUUACGUAAGGUCAUGAUGAAUAGUAUGGGUUUUUUCUUCUUUAAAUUUGAUACUAAAGAAGUUUGGGUUAAAAUGCAUGAUGUUCCAUUAGAGGCAUUUACAGAAGAUGGGUUCAGUAUGUUGGCCACAAAGCAUGGUAAACCGGGAAGACAUAGUUAUGCAAAAGCUUUAAUAGAAGUUAAUUCUGCUAAUGAAUUACGAAAAGAUGUUGUUGUUGCUGUUCCGUCCUUGAAUGAUGAUGGUUAUUCUAUGGAGACUGUAAAAAUUGAAUAUGAAUGGAAGCCACCGCGAUGCAAUGAUUGCAAGAUUUUUGGCCAUGUUCGUGAGCAGUGUCCUAUGCAACAAAAAGCUGGUGAUACUAAGAUACAAGGGGAGGGGUCUAAGAAGGCUGGUAUUUCUAAAGUAAGAGAUGAUGUUACUUUGAGCAAUCCUUAUAGUUUGCUUAAUGAUUAUGGUGUGCACGAGGAACCGUUAUUACGAGCUGUUGAUUUAACUAUGACUAAUGAUAAGGAAUCGGUCAAUAUCAAUGGGGAGGAUGAUGAGAGUGAUGUGGAAGAAGUUGAAAUCUUUGAAAAUGAAACAUCUGAUUAUAUGGCUAAGCCAAACAAUUCUGAGGGGGCAAGCACCCCCGGUAAAGAUGUUUCUAAUUCCCAUGUUGUCUCGUCUAAGCUGGAUAGCAUAUGUUCGUCUGUUUUUUUGAAUUGGUCUUGGAGUUCAAAUGGUGUGUCGUGUCCUAAGGGUGUGAGAAUUAUUAUUGGCUGGAAUUCUGAUAUUGUGGAUUUAAUGGUGAUAUCACAAACUGAUCAAGUAGUGCACACUCAAGUUAUGUUUAAAAAGGAUAAUAAAAUGCUUCUCUGUUCUUUUGUUUAUGCACAUAACAAUUAUAUGGAUAGGAGAGCAUUAUGGCAUAAUCUUGGUGUGCAUAAAUUAUUUGCUAGAGAUAAACCUUGGUGUAUCAUGGGAGAUUUUAAUGCUGCAUUGACUUUAGAUGACAAAGCUACGGGUUCAUUUAUUUUGGAUAUUGCUAUGCGUGAGUUUAAAGAGUGUGUUGAAUUGAUUGAAGUUUCUGAUAUAUCUAGAUCAGGACUUCAGUUCACUUGGACACAAAAGCCUAAAGGUUUGGAUGGGAUUUUGAAAAAGAUAGAUAGGGUGAUGGCGAAUAUUGAGAUUUCGGAUUUGUUCAUUGGUGCAAACGCUUUUUUCUUGCCUUAUAGAACAUCAGAUCAUUCACCUGCUAUUUUAAGGAUCCCUAUGGUUUCUACCUAUAAACGUAAGCCAUUUAAAUUUUCGAAUUUAUUGGUUCAAAAUGAACAUUUUCUGUCGACAGUUGAAGCAGUUUGGAAGGAGGUUGUUGUUGGGGUUUCAAUGUUUCAGCUCGUUAAAAAACUGAAACAUGAAGUUCAAAAGGCGCUUGAUAAAGAUCCAACUAAUUUAGAACUUCGAGAAGAAGCGGUGGUGUACUUGAAGGCAUAUAAUGAAGCUGUUCUUGAUGAAGAAAGGUUCCUUAAACAAAAGGCGAAAGUGAAUUGGUUAAAUGUUGGAGAUUCGAAUUCAGCAUAUUUCCAUAAAGUGGUUAAAAGCCAAGCUGCUAGGAGUAGAAUUGAUUCGGUGUUGGAUUCUCAAGGGGUGCGAUGUGAUGGUGAUAAAGUUCCUAACAUUUUUGUUGAUCAUUAUGUUAAUUUUUUAGGUAAAGCAGGGUCGACGCAACCACUCAAUGCUCAAGGACUAUUUACGAAGAGACUCACUCAAGAUCAAAAGUUGCAUAUGGUUAGAGAAGUUUUUGAUGAAGAGGUUAAAAACGCUAUAUUUUCUAUGGGAGAUGACAAAGCUCCCGGUCCAGAUGGCUAUUCGGUUGGUUUCUUCAAGGGUGCAUGGUCGAUUGUCGGAAAUGAUGUGGUUAGGGCUGUUAAGAUUUUUUUCGUUAGUGGCAAACUUCUUAAAGAAGUAAACCAUAAGAUCAUAUCUUUGCUGCCAAAAAUAAAGACUCCAUUACGGGUAAAUGACUUCCGCCCUAUUUCUUUGUGCAAUGUGGUUUUUAAGUGUAUAACAAAGAUCAUUGCCAACCGUAUUAAGGAUUGUCUUGCUUCUCUGGGGCCUCCUCGUUGUGCCUUUAAAGUGGAUAUCCAGAAAGCCAAUGACAUAGUUGAUUGGGAUGAUAGCUUGGAUAAUGGAGUGUGUGAUGUCUACGUCCUUUUCUAUUUGUAUCAAUGGAGAGUUGCAUGGAUUAAUGAGAGUGGUUCUUUUCGUUAUCACCAUCUUUGCGAAGACCCAAAGAUCACUGACCUCUGUUUUGCAGAUGAUUUGUUUAUCUUUUUGAAAGGUGACGCUUCUUCUGCUAAAGUGGUUUGGGAGGCUUUGGAAGAGUUUAAAAGCGUUUCCGGUUUAUCUCCAAGUAUUCCGAAAAGUAUUGCUUACUUUUGUAAUGUUCGGAAUCACGUUAAGAUAUCUAUUCUUAGUAUUUUACCGUUUGAGGAAGGAAAAUUACCGGUUAAGUAUUUGGGUGUUCCUUUGGUGUCAACGAGACUGAUUUAUCGCGAUUGCAAGGAGCUUGUGGAAAGAAUUCGAGAUAGGGUUAAUAAUUGGGAAAACAAGUUUUUGUCUUUUGCAGGUCGCUUGCAGCUUGUUCAAUCAGUUUUAUCCUCAAUGCAUAUUUAUUGGUCUUCGGUGUUUAUACUCCCUGCGAGGGUGACUACUGAGAUUGAACAAAUAUUGCGUGGGUUUCUUUGGAGCCAAGGCGUUCUGAAAAAAGGACAGGCUAAAGUAGCAUGGGAUGUCGUUUGUCUUCCAAAGCAAGAGGGUGGACUCGGUAUACGUCACCUUGAUAUUUGGAAUUCUGUUUUAAUGACUACUCAUGUUUGGAACUUACUGACUUUGAAAGAAUCAUUGAGGGUUAAGUGGAUAUAUGCGCAUAGGCUUCGGGGGAAGAAUUUUUGGGACGUUCAGGUUAAAGGAAAUUUGUCUUGGAGCUGGAGAAAACUCCUUCAGAUUCGCCUUGUAAUAAGAAAGCAUUUUUGGUUCGUUCUUGGUAAUGGUAACUCAGCUUCUGCAUGGUAUGACAACUGGGCAGAUUGCUGUCCGAUAUUAGAUCAUGUUACUCCUAGAAUGAUUAAGAAUGCAGGUCAUAGUUUGGAGUCAAAAGUGGUAGACUUUGUUGAUAAUGGUGUUUGGAAGCUGCCUGCUAAUUGGGACCAGCUUGUUUUGGCGACUGCAGCUCCUAUUCUGGUUUCAAAUUUGAGCGAUUCGUUGAAAUGGAAGUCCAAUUCUGGUAGCUUGGAGGAGUUCUCGGUUUCUAUAGCAUGGAAUGAUCUCCAGGUUAGUGCGCCUCUUGUUGAUUGGUAUCAUAUUGUUUGGUAUAAACAAUGUGUGCCCAAGUUCUCUUUUCUUCUUUGGCUCGUCAUUAAAAGAAAACUAAAAACUCAAGAUAUGCUAAGGCCAUGGGAUGUGCAUAACGGUUCUAAUUUGAAUCUGGUGUGUCCGCUUUGUGGUAAUCAACCAGAUUCUCAUUCCCAUUUAUUUUUUGAUUGUGAUUUUUCUAAACGGGUAUGGCUCGAAGUUAAUGUUGUUGCGGGUUUGGAUCAGAAUUCUGUUGAUCUGGAUGACAUUAUUCGUGGGAUUCUUCCUUUGUCAAAGAAAAUUUCUUGCACUAGUGUUGUUUCCAAAUUGGUUUUAGCUACCUCUGUUUAUCAUCUUUGGCAAGAAAGAAACUUAAGGUUAUUCCAACAAAGGAAAAGAAGUGAGGCUCAGCUAAUUGAAGUGAUUCUAUCUACUAUUCAGCUCAAGCUAAUGACGUUUAGAUUCAAAAAGAGUACAAGAGUACAAGAGACUUUGGAUCGAUGGAAGCUACCUCCUUUGUUGAUGGAGUUAACGUAG